CAAAGGAGCUAAUCAGUGAGGAACAUACACAGUUGCCAUAGAAAUCAAGGGAUGUGGAAAGAGCUGCUAGAUGAAAUGAAGCAUUUGUACCCGAAGAUAGUAACAGAGGAUAGAUGUACUACAGAAUGGAUGGGGUGGUGAGAAGACAGUCUGAACCAUGGAUGCAAAAUCUGACAUUAACUGUGUUACCAAGUGGUGUGGCAUGUAUGCCUUGCUCACUAUUGUAAUGGCCAUGGCAACAAUGGGUAAAUUGAGUAAGUCUGCAAUAGUUGAUACUGCAAUUGUACUGGAUUGUCCUCAACAUGGACCUCAGCUAGUAGUAUGGAAUGUACGCUUAAACAAUGGAACAUAUUGCUAUUUAUCAUACACGAGUAGGGGAGAUUUGAAAGACAAAAACUGCAGUGAAAAUGUGAAUUGGCUAUCCAGACCAGAGCAGCUGCCAUCUCUUCAGAUAAAGUCACCACAAAUUUCCAGUGAAGGAAUAUACAUGUGUUCAGUUGCACACACUAAUGGAACUUUCGUCUAUGAAUAUUCUCUAACAGUAUUAGUGCCUCCUGAGCUGUCUUUGACCAAUAACCUCAAUGGCACUCUUGUGUGCAAGGCAGUUGCAGGAAAGCCAACAGCGCAGAUCUCAUGGAGCCCAACAGGAGAUUAUGAAACUGAGGUUGAAGGUUUAUUCAAUGGCACAGAGACAGUCACCAGUGCCUACAAUGUCAAUGUCACCAGUGCCAAUGAGGACGAAGUAACUUGCAUUGUCUCCCAUCCUGCCUGGAAAGAGGACCGUAUCUUAACUCUCUCAUUAGGCACAUACAACGCAAGAAGGACAGAUACUACAUUGACAAUUCUUUAUAGCAGCCUCAUUUGUCUCUUGGGACUCUUCAUACCUCUACUGUUCAUCUAUCUCUGGAGGUUUUUCCAUAGAAGAAAAACAGAUGUCAAUGAGCUGAAAAACCCUGAAACAGUUACAAGAAGAUUGAGCUUCCAGGAGAAUGAGACGCAGCCAUAUGCCACCUUUGUGCAAGUGGAAAAUGUUAUCUAUGACAAAACAAGUGACUUCUCGCCUGAGUUUUCAAGUUCAACAUGAAUCAUGACCUUAGCCAAGCUUUGUGAAGAUAUGUAAAAAAGUGGGGAAACCCCACUUUAAUAGCAAUGAAGAAGAAAUGUUAUUUCUUUAAAGACACACUCCUUCUGAACAUGGUUACAUUUUGGUUUCCCCAUCUAUAUCAUAAGACCGACAACAUCUUGUUGUCUCUGACAGUGCACUCUCUUCCCUGAGUGAAAAGCCAGAUCUGGUUAUCUGCUCUGCAAAAAACAUACAAUACAAGGAGCUGAGCAAUUCUGCAAUUCUGUCCAGGCUUCAAGGAAUUCUUUCAAAAUUCUGUUGUUCUUAAAUACAGUGGUACCCCGGGAUACGAAUUGAUCGCGUUACGAAAUUUCCGGGAUACGAAAAAGUUAGAUUGGAAAAAA